GCUUUUAUUUUAUUUAUUAUAUGCCGUUGAUUCAUUGGUAAAACCUCGUAUGAAAAUAUUUUGAGACGAGAUUCACGACAGGACAAAUUUCUUCACUCACUUUUUGCGUACGAUUUCAUGAUCUGGUUCUCGCCUUGCAGGCUCUCAGUGGUCGUCCCAUACACCGGAGCUUGAGAUCUACUAAAAAGGUUGGAUUGCGUAAAUGGAUACCAGAGCUGGUAGUACUAGUGACAACCCUCUAAGAAACUACAGGAUUGGGAAAACUCUUGGCCAUGGUUCAUUUGGUAAGGUGAAAAUUGCCGAACAUUUGCUAACCGGACACAAAGUGGCUAUCAAGAUACUCAACCGCCGUAAAAUGAGGAGCCCUGACAUGGAGGAGAAACUAAGAAGGGAAACAAAGAUAUGUAGAUUAUUUGUUCAUCCACAUGUUAUACGGCUCUAUGAGGUCAUAGAAACACCAAGUGACAUAUUUGUUGUCAUGGAAUAUGUGAAGUCUGGAGAGCUAUUUGAUUACAUUGUAGAAAAGGGCCGGCUACAAGAAGAUGAAGCGCGGAAGUUUUUUCAGCAGAUCAUUUCUGGGGUUGAAUACUGCCAUAGGAACAGGGUGGUUCACAGGGACCUUAAGCCUGAGAACCUGCUUUUGGAUUCCAGGAGCAAUGUGAAGAUUGCAGAUUUUGGCUUGAGUAAUAUUAUGCGUGAUGGCCAUUUUCUCAAGACAAGCUGUGGAAGCCCAAACUAUGCUGCUCCAGAGGUUGUUUCUGGUAAACUUUAUGCUGGUCCUGAGGUAGAUGUUUGGAGUUGUGGUGUUAUAUUAUAUGCUCUUCUCUGUGGUACGCUUCCUUUUGAUGAUGAGAACAUUCCUAACCUCUUCAAAAAAAUAAAGGGUGGUUUAUACACUCUUCCAAGUCAUUUAUCGGCUGGAGCUAGAAAUUUGAUACCACAAAUGUUGGUGGUAGAUCCUUUGAAGCGAAUAAGUAUUACUGGAAUUCGUCAGCACCCUUGGUUCAAAUCUCAUCUUCCUCGCUAUUUGGCAGUUCCUCCUCCCGAUGCGAUACAACACAUAAAGAAGAUCGAUGAGGAGAUACUGCAAGAAGUAAUUAGAAAGGGAUUUGAUAGGGGCCAGCUACUUUCUUCUCUACAAAAUAGAGACCAAAAUGAUGGCACAGUUGCAUACUAUUUGCUGUAUGAUAGCCGAUCCAUUGUUUCUGGUGGAUAUCUCGGAGCUGAGUUUGUGGAAUCAAUGGAGGUAUUUUCCUCAGGAUUGUUUCCAAAUGUUGAGUUUGAGAUGUCGGUUGGGGCAUGUAUGAACUCGUUAUUGUCAAGAGAGAAAAAGUGGCUUGUUGGACUCCAGUCCCCUGCAAGUCCACAAGAGAUAAUGACCCAAGUUCUUGGAGCGUUGCAAGAAUUAAAUGUCCGGUGGAAAAAAAUUGGGCACUAUAAUAUGAAGUGCAUGCUGUGUUAUUCUCAUUAUCCAACUCGCAAGACAAGCAACAAUUGCAUGAGUGAUGACAGUAUUGUUGUUAGUCAAAGUGUUGUAAAUGCAAAUAACAGUCCAUUGCCUCAAGGUGUGGUCAAGUUUGAAAUGCAGCUGUACAAAACCCAGGACGAGAAUUACCUGCUUGAUCUGCAAAGAGUUAGUGGACCCCAAUUGAUGUUUCUAGAUUUUUGUGCUGUUUUUAUCGUCCAUCUUAAAGCCUUCUAACCAUUAAUGGCUUAAAUAUGUAUGUAGAUUGUAGUCUGUGUUGCUCAUCUACCGGCAAAAAUGGAGAUUUCUUCAGUGUUUAGCCGUUUUCUGUAAAUUCUGAAAUCUUCCUAAUAUUGUAAAUGGUGCAGUGGCCUUAUACUUUGAAGGCAAACCUUACUCCAGAGUCCAGACAUGUAUGAAUAAAGUUCCCAUUAAAUAAAUGUUGUGCCUGUAAACAUAGUGCAAAUUUAUUCCCAGAGUCCAUGCAAAAUUAUCUGUUUAUGUUUCAUCCAUUCAACACGCAUAUUUUCGUUAAAAGAUGUUUCAUG